GCGCGCAAUUUUUCGAACAAACAACAAUAUCUCCAGAAAUGGGUGAUGGCUUCGGGAGAUACGUAUGAGGUGGACGAGAUUGUUGGCAGACGAACGACAAAAGAGGGAAACGAAGACUAUUUGGUUCGCUGGAAGAACUAUCCGCCAUUGUUGACGACUUGGGAACCGCUUCAUAACUUCGCGAAUUGUCAGGAAGCCGUUCAGGAAUACUUCACGAAGCACUGGCCUAUUCCAGGUAGUCAAACUACAGUUGUUGAACACCUGGCUGAAAAACCAAAUUUCUCUAAGAAAAAGAAAGAAUUGGUAACGCUGCAAGCGUUGCCUCUAAAGAAGCAAAAGAAGCUCUUACGUGGUGUUCGACAAGACCUGAAAGACGAAAUUCUUCGUCGUCAAGUGGAAGAGAAGUCUUUGACGAAAAGUGUUUGCAACGGACUUAAUUUGCCUUUGGUGUUAGAUCAGGAUACAAUGGUGAAGUUCAAUGACACAUUGCCAGAGAGCUAUAACAGAAGCCUUCGAAGCAGAACUGUCCAAAAUGACAAUCGUGUUGUAAAAAACCCAGUGAAGCGGAAGCUUAGUCGACCUUUGAAGCCUGGCAAAGUUUCAAAACUUGCCAAACAUUCCAAAGUUGGUCGACCUCCAAAACAAAAAUCACUCAAUGUAAAUUCUGACUUGGACAUUCCUGAUGAACAAUUUGUUCUUUCCAUAAAGCAAGAAUACGACCAGUCCCAUGAAAUACUUCAAACAAAAGCCAAGAGCCUGAAAGGGAAAAAAAUGAAAAAAAGGCGAAAUGGAAUGAUUUUGUCUGCUCAAAAGAAUCGUGUUGUUAUUGACAGUCCAUCAUUGACUUUACCAUCACGUUUGACGAGGCAGACUCUGCCAGGCUGUUCCACACAGUGCAUUCUGGAAGAUGAAUUGGUCGUCACAAAUAGGGAUGGUUGUUUGUACAUCAAAAUAUGCAACAAAGCAAAGAAAAAUGUCAUCAAUCGACAGAUUUGUGAAGACAUAAUCGCUGCUUUGCGCGACGCUGGUAAAGACGACGUGUCUCUGGUUGUGAUAUCCGGAUCAGGCAGUGUAUUCAGCUAUGGCUGGGAUCUCGAUCAAUUCCAAUCCAUCUCUCAUACCGAGAGACGAGAAAUUUUACAAAAAUACAGACUUUUAACUAGAAUGCUUAUCACGUGUCCCAAACCAUUGAUUGCCGCCGUAAACGGAUCUGCUGCUGGCUUUGGUGUUUCUCUAGUCGCUCUUUGUGACUUUGUUUUUGCUGCUGAUCAGGCGACAUUUCAAACGAAGUUUGCUGAAUGGGGUCAUCCACCAGUUGGCUGUUGUUCAUAUACCUUACAGGAUCUUCUUGGAACAUCACAGGCAAUGUCAGUGAUAUUGUUCAACACCGAAAUUUCUGCCUCGAAUGCAAAGCACUACGGUCUUGUUAGCGAAAUUCUAAAGACAGAUCAGUUUGAAAAGGAGUUAAAAUCAAAUAUACAGAGACUCCUAUCCGUUCCCUUGCAGUGCUUGCGUGACACAAAGACACUUGUAUAUGGCGGGAAAGUUCAGGAUCUCGAGAAUACGAAUCACGAAGAAUGUGACUUUUUCCAAAAGUAUGUUGUUAACGAUUUCACAUUGAAGAAUAUUCUUUCAAGAUGGCGGGUCAGCAUACGGGAAUGAUUAUGAUAGUCCAGGUAUGCUGUUAACUUGUGGUCAGCGUUAGGCAUGCGAGGAGGUAACCUGGUACAUAAUUUCAAGAAUCUUGUCCGACGCACAAAGUUCCUUUUGUGAGACAAGCUUCUUGAAAUGUAAGAAGUGUAGCAGGCGAUGAGCAAAAAUAUCGCGUAAUAAUAAUUUAUAUCGCAUUUCAUAAUGAACAAUGGCGAUAUAUCUUGUUAAGUUCACCUGCUUUAUGACCAAUUGGCAGAUUUUUUGACACCAAAGUGUCGCCACCAGCAAUUGUCAAAAUCUUCCUUAAAGGAAGACUUGGUACCCCUACCUAAGAUUGUGCAUGAUGUAAAUGAGGCUUCACUCGCGAUUUUUUUGUGAAAAGUAAUAUUUUAAACAAAAUCAAGUUUGUAAUUUAUGGAUGAAAUUUUCUAGCACAUGUAGCUUUCGGAACCUUAAAAGUACUGUAGGUAUGUUAGGGUACAUUUGGUGUAUCCUCGUGUAAAUGUAAUAGGGUACAUUUUAGUACAUUUGAACUUUCCCGCGUAUUUAAUUUGUAGCAAUUUGCUAGAAAUUUGCAUUAAUUAUACAUACGUGUUGAAAAAUAGUCAUUUUA